CCAAACAAUAUUGAAUCGAUUUGCGGGUGGUUAUGGUAGUGAUGAAGUGAAACCAGAAUAUAAAGUAAAAUAAUGAAUGGAAUUUAUUCGACAUUUAAAAUGUGGAAUUUUUAAUGAUUGUGAAUGAUAUUUAAUUUACAAAAUAGGUGUUUUAUCCAUAUUUAGAAGAAGGGUGGGAGGGCGUACUGGAAAAGUGAUUAUCACCGGAAUGAGAACCAAAAGAACAUAAUGAGAAAAUAAAUUUAAAGUUAAAUAUAUGACAACCUAACAAGAACAACAAAUAAGAACUCAACUCAUUCAAAGAAUAAUACAAAAAUAUAAUGAAGAAUAAGUAAAGGCACUAUCCGCUAACCUGUCUUUUCGGUUUGUAUUGUGUACAAAAAAUCAAGAACUCACGAAAUUGGAACACUAAAAAGCAUUAAAAAAACAAAAAUACACACUACAAACAAACAUACACUUCAUACCGUCGAAUACAGGUUUGUAUGGAAAAAAAGGGGAAAAAGCAAACGACUAUAGUAACAACAAUAACAUUAAUAACAACCUCGGGUUUAUUGGUACCCCUCAUAAUUAAGCCACCUUUGGCAGAGCUGACAAAAAGUUAACAAAGAAAGUUGGAAAGGUUUCGGACUAAUAUUCGUUUUUUCCAAUCGUUUUGCACGGAAUCAUCAAAAACAGGUGACCGAACGUAGUCAGGGCUUUUUCAUUUCAUUUGCUAAGCAAAAUGGACUUCAUGCAAAAUAUAACAAAAGGUCUGCAAGAAUUUCUGUCCUCUUAUAUCGAUUUGGAUUAUUCGCUGUGGGUGUAUCGUUUAUUGACCCCUCUGAUAGCAACAUUCCUUUUGCCGCUUGUAUUUGUGGCCCUUAUCUAUAUAUCUUUUUUGGUCUUAUUCAUUUACAAGUUACAUAGAGAAGUGAUACUCAGGUCCGUGCGAACAGAUCGUAAAUUUUGGGAAGUUGGCCGAAAGAUCGUUGCUGCCAUCUGGGAUGCCCAUGCUCGGAUUUAUCAUGGCUAUGAGGUUAUUGGCAUGGAAAAUAUUCCACCAGAGGGUGCUGGCCUUAUUGUCUACUACCAUGGAGCCAUACCCAUCGACAUGUAUUAUUUGAAUUCUCGUAUGUUGCUACAAAAGGAUCGUUUGAUUUAUACCAUAGGUGAUCGUUUUCUCUUCAAACUACCCGGCUGGGGUACCAUAUCGGAGGCAUUUCACAUUAGUCCCGGCACAGUACAGUCAUGUGUUAAUAUUCUAAAGGAUGGUAAUCUUCUGGCCAUAUCCCCUGGCGGUGUGUACGAAGCUCAAUUCGGUGAUAAUUAUUAUGAGUUGUUGUGGCGAAAUCGUGUGGGUUUUGCCAAAGUGGCCUUAGAGGCGCAAGCUCCCAUCAUACCCUGUUUUACACAGAAUCUGCGAGAGGGCUUUCGUCAAGUGGGAAUUUUUCGAAAGUUUUUCAUGAAACUCUAUAAUACAAUAAGAAUACCAGUGUAUCCCAUAUAUGGGGGAUUCCCGGUCAAAUUUCGCACUUAUCUGGGCAAACCAAUAGAAUAUGAUGCCUCCCUGACGCCGGAGCAGUUGCAAGUGAAGGUGGCUCAAGCUUUGGAGGUAUUAAUCAACAAACAUCAACGCUUGCCCGGCAGUAUAUUACAUGCGCUUAUGGAUCGUUUUCCUCCAUUCAGAAGCAAAAACGAUUAGGAUUGCUAUGUAGAAAUUAAAUAGUUUUAAUUAAAAAAAAAUCUCAACUGUGUUAAUUUUUUUGAAAUACAUUUUUGUUUUCUUUUUUCUGUUCCUUUCUCGCUAAAUACUAAAAAAAUGUUUCCCUUAUUAUUUUAUAAAUAAUUUAAAAGACUAA